AUGAAGCCUCAAACUGAAGUGCUCAUUAUCGGCGCAGGUCCGACUGGCCUUGUCCUUGCCUUAUGGCUCCAACAUCAAGGUGUUACUGUCCACAUUGUUGACAAAGCGACUGCACCAGCAAGCAAGUCUCGCGCAAUUGUCGUCCACGCGCGCAUAAUUGAACUAUACCGACAGCUUGGAAUCUCCGAUGAUCUUUUAGCUCUUGGAUACAAGCUCCCAGCGACGAAUCUUUGGGUUCAUGGGCAAUGCAAAGCGCGGAUAGCAUUGCAAGACUUUGGCUGCGAGCUAACUCCAUACCCAUUCAUGUUCACUGUUCCACAAGAUGAACAUGAAAAGAUGCUCGAGAAGCGACUUAACAGCGUUGGUGUCUAUAUCCAGCGACGCACAACAUUGCAGGGCUUUGUGGAUCACGGUUCAAGCAUCACUGCUACUCUAUUUCACGAGGCCGAUGGAACUUCAAGUACACACGAAGCAUCUUACAUUGUUGGCUGUGAUGGGGCGCAUUCAGCUGUCCGUCAUGCUAUUGGUGCCACAUACGAAGGGGAGACUUACAAACCGUUAUUCUACAUCGCCGACAUCGAAGGUGAAGGCGACAGGCUCUUCAACGGAGAAGGCAACCUCAUGAUCACGAACCAGAGCUUCAAUCUGAUAGUUCCCUACAACACAGCAGGACAUGCAAGAUUGGUUGGCAUCACAAGCCUGGGCGCUGAAGACAAUCCCACCCUCGACUCCCCAGAUCACGACCACCAGAUCACAUUUGAAGACGUCAGGCCACAGUUAAUGGAAACAAUGGAUAUCAACAUAAAGAAGCUCAACUGGUUCUCCACAUACCGCAGCCACCACCGUAUUGCGGACAAAUUCCGCAGCGGUCAGGCGUUCCUCGUUGGAGACGCAGCCCACAUCCACAGUCCAGUGGGUGGUCAGGGCAUGAACACUGGCAUCAUGGAUUCUAUCAACCUAGCCUGGAAACUAGCGACUGUGCUCAAGCAGACAGAAAUGAGCGAGGAGGCGAAACAUCAACUCUUAGAAUCCUACGAGUCUGAACGGCGCUCCUUUGCCCUGACGAUCGUCAAAUCAACCGACACCGGGUUCACAACCUUAACCUCACAAGGAACGCUCGGAUAUAUCCUUCGAAACUGGUUGAUACCUUUCAUAAUCCCUUUGGCCGUGAAGUUCGAAUCCGCCCGCAAGCGGAUCUUCCGCGGUGCUUCUCAGCUCAUAUGCAAUUACCGCGAUAGCAGUCUUUCUCAAACCAAAACAGGAGAAAUUCAGUCCGGUGAUCGGCUGCCGUGGGUUGAAACAGACCAUGGUGACAAUUUCUCAACACUUCGAGACCUUUGCUGGCAGCUCCAUGUGUAUGGAGAGCCUGGACCAGAACUAGGCCGGUGGGCCGAGAAGUCGCGCGUGAAGUUGUUUGUUUUCCAAUGGAGUGACCAGUAUGCCAAGGCCGGUCUCAUUCAGGAUGCUGUUUAUUUGUUGCGCCCGGAUCAGUACAUCGGGGGGAUCUUUGAGGGAGAAGCUGUUGAGCCGAGGCUGAACGAGUACCUUUCUGGCUUGGGAUUAAUUUAG